GCGAUAAUAGGAACAAAAUGGACGUGGCGGAAGAAGAAAAUGUCCAGGAGAACAUUUUAUACGAUUUACCCAUACUCGUCGAGUGGCAACAAGAACCAGAGCAAAGUGCUCAGAGUCAUGGAAGAGAGAGAAUACCUAAAGGGGUUAGAGCAAAGACUUGGGCAUUUAUCAAUGCUGUGUCAGGUCCUCUGAAGGCGAGACUUCCCUCACUACCUGAUGACACUCUGGUACAUCUCACCAACAACCUCAUACAAUGGCAGUUUGCCGUCAGCCACACAGGCAGAGAGGUGGCUGUCUUACAGAAUCAGGCUAUUGAGAUAAGAUCCUCAAGAGAUGAGUUCAACAGUGUUUUAGGACGCUGUAGUCUGCCCAGGGAUCCUAGGCCACAGUGGAGGAAGGUCGUCUGGAGCCCCCAGGAUGACAUCAUAGCAUAUGCUAACAGUUAUGGAGAAGUUACACUCUUUGACCUGAUGGGAAGUAAGCUGAUGGUCAUCCCUGGGAAUGUAGUAAAAGGGGAUGUAUCCAUUGAUAUAGACCUAAGUAGAUCAAUUGCAUCAUUGAUCUUCACAGAUUAUCAGCCAACAACAGACUGGGCUGCUGAAUUGCUGGUCAUUACAUACAGAGGGAAACUGGUCAAGUACAAGAUAAGCAAUGAUGGAGAUUUUAAAAAAGAGCACACUUUCCAUUUUGGUACACACUAUCCUAGGGGUAUCAACUGCGCCAUCUUUCAUCCACUUCACAAACUAAUCAUUGUUGGAAGCUGCACAGAGGAGUCUAACUCUGCCAUGGAGGUAGCAAGUGCAUCAAAACUUGGGCUCACUGCUUGGAGAGUGCUUUCAGACUCCCCACAUUAUAAAUUGGUCACUGAUGAGGAUGCACUUGGAAAGAGACAAGGAGUAUUAUGGAAUCGACUCAAAUCCAGAGUGAGGCUGAAUUUCCGCGUGGCAGCCCAAGAUGGCGUCUUCAGGAUGAGUCUGUCACCAAAUGGGAAAAUUCUUGCCGUGAUUCAUACAUUUGGGAGAUUCUCACUCUGGGAUGUCCCGUCUUUGAGGUUGCGGAAAACUUGGGAGCAGGCAGACCAACCAGAUGCCCUGGAUGUAAAUCCUUGUCUUGCAGAAAACCCAUCCAAGCAAAAAUUUCUCAAAGACUUAGCUCAAUGCUUUAACCUUGUUGAUGUGGGAUGGUGGUCUGAUAAUUCUCUCAUCUUUGCUCGUUGUUCUGGAGCCAUCAGUGUGGCCUCUAUAGAGACAUUGAACAACAUCCUGGGCACAUCGCCAGAAUGGUUUGAACCAGGUCCACAAAUAUCUAUGGCCCAUGAUAACAACUUUCUCAGCCUAGAGUGUGAAUCAAAACUGGCAGUAAAACGUACCUUAUCAGAAGCUCAUGAUGACGACUAUCAAGAUAGUGAUGAUGAGGAUGCCACCUAUUGGUCAAAAACCUCACACUAUGUGAAAUCUGCACUCUACUAUGUGACUGACAGUGACAGGUUUCAGCCCCCAAGGAAACGUCCCAAGAUCAUUACCAAGACAUAUCGUUUGUUGAGUCUCAAGUCCACCACACCAGAGGAACUUUACAGCAGGAAGAUCAAGAAUGAGGAGUAUGGAGAAGCUUUAAUGUUGGCAAAGGCCUACAAACUGGACAGUGAUCUGGUGUACCAACAACAAUGGCGCAAAGCUCCAGUCAGCGUAGCGUCUAUACAUGACUAUCUACGCAAGAUUAGUAAAAGGUCAUGGGUAUUACACGAGUGUCUGGAACGAGUGCCCAAUGACAUUGACGCCAUGAGAGAGAUGUUGAAGUAUGGUCUUCUCGGGACAGAUCUGGAAACACUUAUUGCUGUAGGCAAAGGGAAAGAUGGUGGAAAGUUUCUAGUAAGCAACAAACAUGACCCUGGUCUUGAGGAAGACUUGGAACACUUGGAUAACUCCAUUGAUGAACAGCAUGCCAGACUUAAGAGAGAGAAAGAGAGAGAAACCAAACUACUUGAGUCCAUAGACUCUAACAAACUUACUCUUGAGCAGAUCCAGUUAGUCCAAUCCAGACAUAAACUUCUUCAAUACUUAGACAGACUAGCCACAUAUGAGGAGAUUCUUGGAGGCAUUCAUGCUGCAGAGGAACAUUUUGAUCCUAAAUUCUUCGAGAAAUUCAGGGCUGCAAACAUCAUUGAGUCAGCUGUGGAUUAUGCAAGGGCUAGUGAUUGGCAGUCAUUGGAUUGUCUAUUUACCUAUCAUUCUGAAGACCUACUGGAACAUUGGCUGGCUAUACUCUCCAACUUCCCUGAGACAAUGUCCCCCUUAGAGUACAGGGCAUUGCUGCCGGAAAUAAGUAUAGAGACAGGUGAAGUGAUCCCCUGGUCAUGUGAGAGUUGGAGAGAGAUGGACUGGUGUGAAACACAAUCAUUUAGGAAAGCAGUUGAUCCAAACCCAACAGACAAAGGUAUAUUUCUCUAUGAGAAGGACACAGACCAUAUUGCAUUCCGUACAGAGAAGCUCCCAGAGAGCCUUAUAGCCGACUGGUACAGACUCAGAGCAUGUGAAAUGGAGAAAUAUGGAGGACAGUUACAUCAUGCCCUGGAGUUGGUGGAGCUUGCCAGGGAGAGAAAUGUACAGGGUCUUGAGCUCCUGACAGAUGACCUAACCUCAAUGGAAGUGCUGGUGUAUGACUGUGGAGAAGAAGAGGCUGUUACGUUUGAGAGUUUCUCAGCUAUGACCAACUUGGAGAAGUUACAGCUCAUCAUGUCUAGUUCAUCUGAUGAAAUGUACCUAAAGAACAUCCAGAGAUGGAUGGUUCCCUUCUUGAAGAGAUGUGACAAGCAAACACCUGGUGACUACAACACCAUUCUCAAACAAUUCCUAUUGGAUAUGGCUAUAGAAGACCUAGAACACUGCUCAAAGGUGUUUGAAUGUUCAAAACCAGAUUACCCCAACCCAGUGAUCAAUGAAGAGGAAUCUCUCAUGCAGCUUGCUUUGGAUUGUAUAUACUCCUGUGAGAGUGAGGACCAGUUGACUCAUGCAUUUGCUAUCAUAGAAUGCCUGCCACAUAGGAGUUACGGAGUCGUUACAGAAAAGUCCACUGCCCUGCAUAAUCAGGUUGAUGACUUGGAGAGACACUUAAGUGUUGCUGAGAUACUGGAAACACAUGGACUUCCUAAGACUGUCAGUUAUGUAAGAGAUACGUGUCAAGAUAAAGAGGAAACUGUAAGACUCAUGAGGAAGCUUACUGCGGCUGCAGGACGCAAGGUACCAACAUUAUCACAUGAACAGUGGCGCCAGCUAUUGAUUGACAUGUAUGACAUCCAGACAAAAGUUUACAACAAGACCAAACCAAAGCAGUGCCAGAUGAUCCUUACUGAGACAUUAUUGUGUUCUGGUCGCCAUGACAACAUAAAACUAGCAGGAGAAAUGAUGAAUUGUUCCCCUGACGACACCAGAGAUGACAAAGUACCAUAUAAGGAAGCAAUGGACCUUGUUAUCAUGGCAGCCCAGCAAUACUUCAAUUCCUCAGCCAACAUCAUGGAUCCGGGGAUGGAUUUAGCUAGAGCAAGUCUGCAACUAAUAAAGGGCACAUCAGCAACAAUCCAAGCAGAAUAUGAUUUAAUAGCAUCCUUGUCUCUUCUUGAUGACUUUGGAGUCACAAUUCUACCCCUGCAAGUACGUUUGAAUAAGAAGAGAAUAGAGCUGGUUCAGCAGUCUAUUGACAAGAGGCCUAGGGCAUAUAAAAAAUCCCACAAGCUCCUGAAGUUGUCUCAUCUGCUGCGAGUUGGUGGGGAGAAAAAGAAAUCUGAGGGUAGCGUGUUGAAGCUGAUUGCUAGAGCUGCAUUAGACGACAAGGACUAUAAAACUGCAUAUGAUACAUGUGUAAUGCUAAUGCAAGAUGGAUUUGCUCCAAUAUGGGAGGAGUGCAAGGCCCUAGCUGAGACUGAUGACUUCAAAGACAUUCGAGCCAAGGCUGAUAUGUUGUUCUUUGCUGUAACUCACUGUAGCUCUGACAUGAUAGAACCAAUCUUACAUGCAAAACAUCUGCUUGAUUGCCAGAUAUUAUGGGAAACUGUUCAAAAAUCCAGUUCGCCAAUUGGCCCCAAGCCAAACACCCCAAGAAACACUAAAGGGGAUUCCCCUUCAGAUCACACAUCAAUAGAGGGACUUUCCAGAGAUGGAACUCCCAAUGAAGGUUCCUCCAAAGAAAGCUCACCUAAAGAUGGAGACAUUGAAGACAAGAAAGGGUUUCCUCUAAAAUGGGUGCUACAACAAACCAAGGACAUACUAACAUCUACAUCAGGGACAAAAGCGGCAUUAACAUCUAUAAAAGACAGUAAAGUAUGGAAAGAUACGUUGAAUAUUUUCCACCCUGAAAAGUGGAAAUCUUCCAAACCUGGCAACAAGAACGCCAAAAAUAACCCAAUGGUAAAGCAGGGGUGUCACCCAUUCUAUAGCAGCAUUAUAGAUGAUAAUUUUAUAAAUGAGGAUGCCCUCUCUUACUGUAACUACACUAUGUCAGAUGUUGACCGAGGGCAGAAGUUGAAUGAGUCAUUAGUUUGUCUUGCCAAGCUUGAAGAAACUCUCACAGAAGGUGGAUCCUUCGAACAGACAGACAAUGUGUUCCUCCAGCUAGGGGAGAGUACCUUGUGUGAAGAUACAGCCCUUGGACUAUCUUAUCUACUAGCCCUUGCUCAGCCCGAAUCUAGUCAAAGUCUUCUCACAGGCUACAAAACCACUGGGAAGGCACUUCACUCUGCACUGUACUACCACCAGCUCCUUGUUGUAUAUACAUUACUCUACCAAAAUGACAAUACAUUUGGAAAUUAUAACACAUUAGGCAAUUGCAAUACAUUAUCAGGAAAGGAUAAAGACAUUGACAGCUUAAAUGCUAUGGAUAUCAGUGAAUACAUCGAUGCCAACCACGGGAGUCUCCCUGAGGAGGAUGCUGAACUGAUGGCUCAUUUGAAGGAGUUUGAGAGGUUACUAGGAGACUACAGUCAAGCUAUAAUAUUGCAUAAGCUUGGGAAAGGUGUGGAUGUCUCAAGAUUUACUCAUGACAUGGAAUAUAAGCGGCAGACAAUAAUUGGAUUAACCAUGAGCCUUGAACAGGAGGUAUAUAAUGUUGCGCUUACCUUGGCUGCAAGAUACCAAGUCCCCAUGUGGGACUUCUAUAUGGGGCAUGUAGAGUUCUUAUUCACGGAUAGCGGAUGUACAACUGAAGAAAUAGAUGAACGGAUACAAUCAUUGAACAUUAUGGAUACAUUAAAAUCAAAACCAGCUGAAUUUGCUCAAUUCAUGCAGACAAAUGUAUUCCCAUUCUUAGAGGGGACAGAUUACAAGCGCUUGCUGUGUUACUACACUCUACUAGAGGGCUGUACAUUGGAGGGUCUCGCUCCUGAACUACACAUUAGGAUACUUAAGAAAAUAAGAGCAGCCAUUGCAGCUGAUGUAGUCCUUUAUAAUAGAAAAACAGGAUUAAAUUACAAAAAGUUAAUAGAUGGCAGUGCUGAUCCUCUAGAUGUGAUAUCUCCGCUGCUUACUGGAAGUAACGUUCACGUCAUGGCAAAGUUAGCAAAGAAUAUUCCAAAUCAGCAUGGUGGCUACCUAGAGGGGAGUUCAGUGUUUGCUACUUGGGCCAUAAAGUUGUUCUGGAGUGGAGAUCAAGGCAGUAAGGAACAACCCAACACUCAGGCUGAAUGGACAGCAAGGUUUGAAGGCUGCAAAGAAUUCUUAAAGAAGCUGCAACCUGGAGACCUCCUGCAUUUUGUCAACUCUACUGUCUUUCAAGAAAAAUCUUUGCAAGUCCCCCUAGAAUGCAGACAGCAGGUAAUGAAGAGAUGUCUCAUGCAUUGCCAGACUGAGAAAUCAGACAAGAAGAAAAAGGACAAGGAGAGGCCAACUGUACCAUGGGAAGAUGUCAUCGAACAGUUAGGUAUUUAUGAGCGCCAUCUAUUGAGUUAUGAGGAGAGGGAGAUACAAGAUAUAACAAACAAUGCAGACUGGAGACAAUAUGCAGCCAUGUACUAUACAUCCAGGGCACAAGUGGAAAAUAUCCAAGAACUUUGCCAAAAAAUUAUCUUAGAAGGAAGUCCCCUUGACCUAGUAGACACAAUUCUGAAUGUCUCUGGUUCUGAGUGGACUCUUCAUUCAGCUCUAGAAAGUGCCAUAGAUGUUAUCAUAAGGGGUCUUCAUGACUUGGCAGUUGCUGGAGAUGGUCUCACCUCAUCAGUUCAGCAACUCACUGAUGUUAUGAAAAAUAUUAAAUCAUGGACAGAGAAAAGUGAUGUGGUAUGUGCAGAUGACAUAGUGCAACAGCUAACCAGGGUCUAUGAGGAUGAAGAUAUCCCCCUAGAAACAAGAUUACAUGUGCUCCAGCUGCUGCAACAGAACUUCCACCUUGCGAGUGAUGAGCUGUUACUUUUGGUCCAACACCAAUCUGAUGUCAUUGUUGCUUCCACAUGGCCAAAUAUUAAGGUGUCUAAAGAAAGCAUCAGUAGUGUUGAAUCCAGGAAAGAUCUACUGAGUAGUUUACUACAGAAAAGUGAUAACCUUGAACACUUCCAUGCUCUUGCCAAUAUACUGAAGACCUGGGGAAUGCUCGAGAAACAUCUCAACAAAUGUGAUCAGAGUGAGAAGCAUCCAUUGUGUCAGCUCAUACAACACUUUCUGGCUUUAGAACAACAACUAAAGGGUCUUGGGGCAGCUAUUGUUCAAGUUAUAAUAGACAUCAAUAAAUCUGAUGUGCCCUUGGACACUGAGGUCAUGGCUCAUGUAUGUGGUGUUCUACAAAAGCAAGGAUAUGCUGUGGAGGUAGUCCAGGCCAUUGUGAUGUCACAAUUCUCUGCCUUAUAUGACACUGCUGUUGACACUAUCAAUCAACUAGACCAGAUGGCAGCAGAGGAUGACUUAACAGAACUGCUAUUGACAGAGAACCUAGCAACAAAAUGUACAAGUUCUGUUUACUACUCUCAUAUCACAGAAUAUUUGAUGAACAAUUUACCAGAAACAAAACCCAGAUUGGACACAUUUAUAUCCCAGCUGUAUCAUAGUGGGAACACUAUCCUUGCAGGGUCAUUAAAAUUACAACAAGUCACCUUCCAUACUGGGUUACUGACUUUCACUAGUGCAAUCAAAAUGAAACAAUUAGAUAAAUAACAGCAGGAUAUGUAAUAGCCUCAAGAUAAUGUGUCUAAAAUUGUAAUUGUAAUUUUAAGCAUAAUGAAAUGAAUGGUUAUUUCACAUAUGCUAAGACGGAAAUUUGACACUGCUGUGAAGCCCUUCUAUUGAAAAUUAUAGACUAGAUAGUAAAAUGGUGAAUAUGGUUAUAACUUUGAAUCUUUUUGAGAACUUGUUAUAAGAAGUACUGGAUUUCAAAUUGUUUAUUUGUGAAAAAUGUGAGUUCAUACUUCUGUAGUGUUACACUAAGUACAGGUGAAACUAUACUACAUGUAAGUGUACAUGUAUGGAUAAUACAUAGGAUCAAAUAUUACCACCAGUUCCCACUGUUUCAGAAGAAAUUAAUUUCAAUUUGUUUUAGACUUUAUGAAUUUAAAAACAUAAUAUAUUUUGUCUUUUCAAUAAUUUAUUUAUUAUUACAAUAAUAUGUUAUAAUAUUUAUCAAUAAAAUAAUGACAUACAAAAAUACAAUAGAUAUCACAAUAUUGUUUUUUUCAAUAGAUCAAUUGAUAUAGCAGAUAUUUUCAAUAUCAUUAAAUAACAGCACAUCUCUGAUACAGGGUGGUCCAAAAGAGUGACCUGCAAAAAGGGUCACAUUUCCCUUAUUACCUGCAGGAAAUAGCAUGUUGCAGCAGUUCACAUUUU